CACAUCGGACUUAGCACGUGGGGCCACACUCCAUUGACUCACAGUGGGCCUCAAUCACGGAGGUUACUUCGCAAACGCGAGGGUAACUCCGAGCCUUAGGAGGUGUGAAAACCACGUUGCUGUGGGUUCACUGCCACCAGGGUCCAGGUCCCUUCUUCGAGAAUAAUCCGACCUCACUCACCUCCAAUCUAUCCUUGACUCGUCCGUCGCAGGUUUACUUGCUAUCCAAUGGCUCUCACCGACAAGAAAAUCGCCCUGAUUACAGGCGGCUCCCAAGGCAUCGGCGCUGCCACUGCUCGGGCUCUAGUUGCGAAGGACUACUUCGUGGUCAUCAACUACUCCUCUAACACUGCUACUGCCACCGGCCUCGUCGAAGAGCUUGGCGCGACCAACUCGGUCGCCAUGAAGGCUGACGCUAGUAUUGUAUCAGACACCAAUACCUUGGUUGAUACUGUCGUAUCAAAAUAUGGUCGAAUCGAUGCUUUGAUCUGCAGCGCUGGCAAGCUGGGCUUGCAGGAUAUCUCCGAGACUACCGAGGCUGGCUUCGAUUCUCUCUUCGCCAUCAACGUCAAGGGUCCUUACUUCCUUGCCCAGAAAGCAGCUCCACACAUGCCUCCAGGGUCACACAUCGUGCUCUUGUCGACGACUCAGUGCCACGCCAGCACUGUGACACCGGAGUACAUCUUGUACGACAUGACCAAGGGAGCUCUUGAGCAGAUGGUGCGCGUGCUAGCCAAGACUCUUGGUCCGAAGGGCGUCUUCGUCAAUGCGGUUGCUCCGGGACCGACUGCCACAGACAUGUUCCUCAACAGUGGCAGACCUCAAGCUGUGCUUGACAAGAUCGCAAGCUUCAGUCCUCACAAUCGUAUUGGCGAUCCUAAAGAAGUUGCGGAUGCGAUCGUAUUCUUGACGCAGAACAGGUGGGUGUCUGGCCAGAUCGUGAAGGUCAAUGGCGGUAUGGCUUGAAGCGGCGGGUCGCGAGAUGUUUCAAUGAGUAUCUUUCCCAGCGACAGAGCCAGAAAGUUAGCAAGUUAUGAGAGCUGACAGUCAGAUGGUUAUGACUGUUGCUCUUCUCCGCAAGAGCUGCUGAAUGGUACAUUUCAGGCAUCCAUACUCACUGAAGCAAUCCCUGGUUUGUCCUGGAGUAGCAUGGUUGUGUGAACACUUCAAACUAGAACCGUGGUUAAGCUUCACAAGAUUCGACUCCAGUGUAGAAGAAAGAUGACAUGAACACAGACGACACCAACAACGGAAACCUGAAGAAAACGCGACGAAAUCUGUCCAAUCGCGGUCAUUCGUCAAGCGCCGCAGUCAAGGUCACACAACAAACCCACGGUCAACGAGUUUCAAUGGGAU